AUGGCAUCUAUGAAGUUUGAGGUAGCGAAUUUUGAUGGGCGAAGUAAUAACUUCAACAUCUGGAAGAUCAAGAUCAUGGCGUUGUUAUGGAGAGAAGGAUCAGUCUAUGCUUUGGACGACCUGUAUCCCAAAAAUACGAAAGAGGCCGAGAAGCAGAAGAUUGAGAUGGAUGCGUUUAGCGCAAUUCAAUUAUCCUUAUCAGACAACGUAUUAUGUGAAGUCAGUACCGAGAAAACAGCUGCGAGUUUGUGGAAGAAACUUGAAGAUCUUUACCAGAAGAAAUCAGUAACAACUAGAAUGUUGUUAAGGCAGCGUUUACACACCUUCAAGAUAAAGACAGGUACAACUUUACAGGAUAAUAUUGAUGCUUUUAAAAAAUUGGCUAUGGAUCUUACUCAUGCUGAUAUUAAAGUGGGAUAUGAAGAACUAGCGUGCACUUUACCGUUUUCAUUAUCACCGGCGUACAAAGACGUAGUUAAUUCAAUGAUGUAA